UUAAACAAAUAAAUUUGGACCCUUUUUCUAAAUAUUUGGUAAAACAGUAUUCCUGAAACGUUGUACACAGAUGCAAGCCAGCAUCACAGCCUUUUUUGUGAGGGUAGCAAAAAACUAAUAAAUUGAUGUUAGAGAUGGUCCUUCCUUCAUAAUACACCAGCUAAUUGAAUUGGAAAAAUACUAAAACUAAAGCAGAAUCAAAAUAUUACAUUGUUAUAGUCAGCAGCAUUGUUAUUAGUUUGUUACUAAACUCUGCUUAGAUAGCAUAAUCAUUUAUAUUUUAUUUUUACCAUAGAAGGUUAAAUUAUUUUUGAAAACAAAUAUUCACAUUGGAAAAUCUUACCUAUUCCUGAGUGUAUACAGUCAGUCCUACCAGUCUUUUUUUCUACUAAUUUUUAUCAAAAUGAGAAACAUUUAAUUUUCUGUAUGUUUUAUUAAAAUGAAAUGAAUGCUUGUUGCUCAAAAAAAAAGAGAAACAUAUAAUUAACUUAUGGUAAGUAUUUUUUUCUAUAAUUUUCUCAUGGUAUUACUUACCCAUCCACCGUAGGCAUCAAAUAUGAACCACACAUAUAAGUUGUUUAUGUAAAAAUCGUUGAGAAAAUGUUUUCCAAUUGUAAGUCUGUUACCAAACAUAAACAUAAAUGUUUUGAAACAAGAGAGGAUGGGUCUAACUCAUAUGAGUUGGAUAAUUAACAAUUACUCUAACCAAUCAAGUUUAUUCGGAAGCCUGCCAUCUUGCUCCGCGUGAUCUCUACGCGCAUCCUAAAAAGCUGCCAAAACAAGAAACAACCUGCGGCAAUGCAUGCGCCGAACAGCGCAGUGUAGUGAGAGAAUCCAGAAAGUGUUAAAAUAUCAAUCUUCUUCUUCUUUCUCUCUUUCCGAACUCAAACUGUCUCUCUCUCUCACCUAACGUCUCCCCCGCAGAGUUCUCAUUUGACAGUUCAGUCUAAUCUCUCUCUGGAGAUUCUUUCUUUCGUUUGAACUGAGGUUCUUUGAGAGAAGGAAUAAAAAAUGGCAGGUCAUAGAUCCAAGUCGGAGAAGCAUCUCCGGCGAGACCCUUACGAGGUUCUAGGCGUCUUAAGGAACUCUACUGAUCAGGAAAUUAAGAGUGCCUACCGUAAAAUGGCUCUCAAGUACCAUCCUGAUAAGACUGCGAAUGACCCUGUUGCAGCCGACGUGUUUAAAGAGCUCACCUUUUCUUACAACAUCUUGUCUGAUCCGGACAAACGCCACCAGUAUGAUACAGCUGGUUUUGAGGCUGUUGAAGCAAAAGGCCAAGAGCUGGAGCUGGAUCUCUCAAGUUUAGGAGCUGUGAAUACUGUCUUUGCAGCUUUGUUUAGCAAACUUGGUGUGCCCAUGAAAACAUCUGUAUCUGCAACUAUAUUGGAGGAGGCUCUUAAUGGCAGAGUUUCUGUUGAUCCUCUUCUACUUGGACAAAUUGUAACUAAAAAGGUUGAAAAGCAAUGUGCACACUUUUACGCUGUCACAAUAACAGAAGAGGAAAUAAGUUCUGGAUUGGUCUUCAGAGUAGAAUCAUCUAGCAAAAGCAAGUUCAAGUUACUGUUCUUUGAUCAAGAAGCCGAUGGAGGAUUGAGCUUAGCCAUGCAGGAGGAUAGUAGAAGAAGUGGCAAGGUAACAUGUGCUGGAAUGUACUUCCUCGGUUUCCCUGUCUACUCUUUGGAUCACACAAUUACUUCGAUGGCUCAGGAAAAGAAUCCAGAAACUGCCUUGUUUAAAAGUCUUGAUGGGUUUCAGCAGUGUGAAGUUACUGAGCUAAAGGCUGGCACUCAUUUAUUUGCUGUCUAUGGUGAUAAUUUUUUCAAAAGUGUGAGCUACACAAUCCAGGUUCAUUGUGCUGCCUCUUUUUCUCAAGAGAAGGAAGAUCUUAGAUCUGUAGAAGCUCAGAUCUUGAAUAAAAGGGCAGAACUUGCAAAGUUUGAGACAGAGUAUAGGGAAGUACUUGUGCAGUUCACGGAUAUGACCAGUAGAUACGCUCAGGAAAUGCAAUCGAUUGAUGAGCUUCUGAAGCAGAGAAAUGAAAUACAUUCAGCUUAUACAACGGUUCCAUUGGUAGAACGGAGUUCAAGCAAGAACAGACUGAGAAAGAGCUUGUUCAAAAAGGCAGUGGCUGAGGCACCUGCACCAAUUGAUCAAGAAGAAGAAGAAGAAGAAGAAGAAGAAGAAGAAGAAGAAGAAGACAGAGAAACAAGAAACCAAAUACUUGUGAUGAGUCUGAGACGCUUAAGAAGAAAACCAGAUGGUACAAUUUACGUUUGAAGUUGGACAAGAAGAAACCUUGUUAAGUCCGUAAAUCAUUUGGUAUUUUUCUCCUUCCAACUUUAUUCAUCAAACCAUUUGUUUUGAUAAUUAUUUAUUGAAAUGACAAUGGCAUAUAGCCAUAAUUUUUGUAUACAUACAUAAAAAAUUUGUAUGGCAUAUGCAUUCAUCAAAA